AUGUCCUCCGCAGUCGCCAAACAGCGCCUCCAGGCCCUCAGCAAACAACUAACUGAAGGUAUCCCCGACGAGGGCACCUUCGAGGGCAUUCCCAAGAUCCGCCAUGUAGCCGGAGACUCGGCUGGACCCCGAGCGAAGGACAAGGUGGUGAUUAUCACGGGUGAGUCUGCAGCACCUUCAAUUCCGUGCCGUUUCGUUGCUAACCAGCAACCAGGCGCAAACUCGCCAAAUGGCCUCGGGCGUGCUAGUGCACACCAGUUCGCCAACAACGGCGCCAAGGCAGUGUACAUCUGCGACUAUGCCGACUCACAUCUUGCCACGCACAAGCGGGAGAUGGAGUCGCUGUACCCCGGCGUAGACGUACAUACGCGGCAGUUCGACGCAGCCGAUGAGAAGGCCGUGGCAGCCGUGAUUGACGACGCGGUGGCCAAGUACGGGCGUCUGGACGUCUUCUUCGCCAAUGCAGGUAUCUCGGGCCAACCGAAGCUGUUUACGGAGAUUGACGGCGAGGGGUUCAUGAAGACGCUGCGGACUAAUACUCUGGGGCCCUUUCUGGCUGCGAAACAUGCGGCACCGGCUAUGAAAGUCACCUCGGCUGCAAAGCCCUACCCCAGUGGAUCAAUCAUCUGCACCGCCUCGGUAGCAGGCUUGCGGUCCAACGCCGGGUCGACCGACUACUCCGCGUCCAAGGCAGCGGUGGUGUCACUCGCACAGACGGUGGCAUACCAGCUGGCCGGCACCGGCAUCCGCGUCAAUGCCAUCUGCCCGGGAUUGAUCGAGACAGGGAUGACGCAGGCGGUGUUCGACCAGGCGCGGGCACGCGGCACGCAGCGCAAGAUCGGGCAGUUGAACCCGCUACAGCGGGCCGCUGUUGCGGACGAGGUGGCUCGCGUGGCUUUGUUUUUGGGUAGUGAUGAGAGCAGCUACGUCAAUGGCCAAGCCUGGGCUGUCUGUGGCGGCUUGAGUGCUGGACACCCCGUUGUGCCGGGUAAACUGGCAUGA